AUGUACAAGACCCCCAGACUGAAAAGGGAUGAUAUUGGAGUUUCUGUGUUUCCUUCGUUGGACAUACAUCAAAUUUUGGCCAGUCCAGAACGUGAGCACACGAAACGCAUCAAGCGAAGAGAGGUAAGCUGUUAUAUACACUCAGCGGUUUUGUUAUUAUUCAUGCAUGCAUAAAACUUUGAAUAAUUUAAGUUAUAUGCGCACAAUUUGAAUAUAUUAUAUUGGCCAGUGCCUUGUAAUGGCUUAAUAAGAUAUUUUCUAGCAUAUAAAAAUGUUUUGAAUUCGACAUGUAUCUUAUAAGACUAUAUAAACCACGUUUUGAUAUAGGUUAUCAGUGAACCAUUGAUUAUAGAAGGACACAAAGAGGCGUCUACAACUUCGUUGGAUAUUUCUGGCUUUGAAACUGAUCAGCCAGACAAAAGUGAAUUACCUGCAACCACAG